AUGGACAACAGCCGGUGUUUUGGUCACAUAGCUCUUGUGAACGUUUCUCCACCAGAGAAAAACUUCAGAACCGUCAAUCAGGCCAACGACGCACAGCAACUAUCCUCAUCGACCCUCAACUACAGCCAUCUUGCGCCUCUGUCCGGAGAGGAAGAAGAGAAACGCUCGGUAGUAGUGGAACACCGCAACGCGAGGGAGCGCCGCCGAGUGCACACCGUCAACGAGGCGUUCACUCACCUGAAACGCCACCUGCCGAGUUUGAAGCAAAAGAAGAGGCGGGUAUCGAAGCUGAAAAUCUUGAGAUCAGCGAUAGAGUACAUUCAUGACCUGCAGGCAACGUUGGCUACCAGCAGAGUGGCCGAGAGGACGUUCCUGUCCGUGGUACACAGCGGAUACAAGCAACAGCGGGAUGACGAAUCGCGAAGUUCCAUCGCUGUUGCGAAUCAGGCACUCUUUGCCAGUGCCGAGAACCAGGUAUUCUUGCAGAAAGCGGCACAGUCUGCUUCAGCAGAAGCCAGCAACCUCGUCAGUGAUCAGUCCAGCGUUUUAAGACCGUACACAACAAUGCCGUUUUAUGGAAAAAAGAAUCCGUUCUGUGCUCUCAGUUGCGAACAUUACACGAAUUAUUCUGAUCUUCAGAUAUACGGAAUAGGCAAAAUGGUAACGACGCCAAUGCAUAACCAUUAG